GUCCCAGGUGUUCCUGUCCAGCAUGGCCAAGCGCUCGCUGCUGCUGCUGCUGGCUGUGUGGGUGCUGGCUGGGGAGCUGUGGCUGAGCACCGAGGCCCGGGCAUCACCCUACGGAGUGAAGCUUUGCGGCCGGGAAUUCAUCCGGGCCGUCAUCUUCACCUGCGGGGGCUCCCGAUGGAGGCGGUCGGACAUCCUGGCCCAUGAAGCUACGGGUGACACCUUCCCAGACACAGACUCUGACACAGACAGCGAGCUGGACGGGGCAGUAGCCUCCAGCGAGUGGCUGGCCCUGACCAAGUACCCCCGGGCUUUGUAUGCAGACCGACCUGGCUGGCAGGGAACUCCAGGGGCUCUGCGCCCUGUCCGCAGCCUCUGCUAG